AUGCUCUCUUCUUGUGUUGAACGAGGAGCACAAAGAGAUAAAUUGAUUCAGUAUUUCGAAGAGAUUCUAGGAGGAUUGUGGUCAAUCCCCGUUAAUUUUCCAUUCACACACUUCAGCCAAAGCCUCAAGGCCAGUGCAAAGGUCCAGAAGAUGUUGAAAAACCUUGUACGUGAGAAACGUGUUGAACUGGAAAAUGGAGCUUCUUCUCAUCAAGACCUCAUUACCAGCUUACUCAGCAUUCAUGGAGAAGAUGACAGAGAAUUGGUAUCAGAAGACGAGAUUAUACACAAUGUCAUGCUCAUUAUGGUUGUGGGGCAUGACACUUCAGCCGACCUGAUUACUUUUGUCGUGCGACUUUUAGCAAAUGACCCAGCUAUAUAUGCAGCUGUUCUGAAAGAACAAGAGGAGAUCAAAAGGAGCAAGCCCCUCUGCAAAGUUUUUGACAUGGGAAGAUCUUGCCAAGAUGAAGUACACUUGAAGAGUGGCAGUGGAGACUCUGAGAAUGAUUCCUCCAAUUUUUGGAGGAUUCAAAAAGACAUUAAAAGACAUCGAGUAUGA